GCCCUCAUGUGGACACAACGUAUAACUGCAAGCAAGCGUUUCCAUAGCAACGGUUGUUUUGUGUCAUUGGCAGAUGACCGCCAUGUUUUUGUACUUUUAAGCCUAAUUUGGAACCUCAAAAGCACAAAUGUCUGUUCAAGGCGGCUUUGGCGUCCUGAAUGCCGAACAACUGGAAAAACUGCGCCAGUUCAAAAUCCAGACGAGGAUCGAUAAUGAGCAUUAUCUGAUGGCUCAUCCCGAGGUGGAGGUCAUGGUUGAAGAUUUUCUCAGAGAACUGCUUCUUAAAAAGCCCACUCACAUUCGUGCGUUUGCUGCUGAGCAUUUCACCAACCCCGAUCUUCACAUUGGUAUCAAUGCUAAAAUGGCGACCAUCAAUAUGGAUGCAUAACAGGCUGGUUACUCAUUUAGAAUUUUUUUUUUUUAAUUCUUGGUGUAAGUUUGAAGGACGGAAAUAAAGAUGACAAAUGAAUCAUGUGA